AUGAUUGUCAACAACACGUUAGGCUAUGCCAUUGAACAAGAUGAUGUAUCAUUAUCACGUACCGUUCGCUUUUGGAUUUUUCUCAUUCUAAUCGUUCCGUCUGUCUAUUGUUCCUUUCUUGUACUCUUUCAUCUUUUCGUUGAUAAAAACCUUCGGUCACAAUUGGGAAAUCACAUUGUCAUUAAUUUACUGAUCAUCGGAUUAAUUACUGAAUUUGUCGAUAUCCCAUUUCAUCUUGUUUUCCUACAAACCGGUCGUGUUCAACCAUCAACACCGGCACUAUGUCUUGCUUGGUGGUUUUUUGAUCUUGGUUUGUACAAUGGAUGUACAGUUAUUAUGGCAUGGAGUUCUGUUCAUCGAUAUUUUCUCAUAUUUCACAGUCGAUUGUUUCGAACAGCAAACAAUCGUUUUCUUUUCCACUAUUUACCUUUAAUUCUAUUAAAUAUCUAUAUUGUAUUAUUCUAUUUCAUUGUAAUCAUGUUUCCACCAUGUGUGAACAUCUACAAUUAUUCCUUACCCGUUUGUAAUAAUUUUCCAUGUUAUUUGAACGAUCCACUCCUUGGUAUUUGGGAUUCGGUUGCGAAUGGUAUCUGUCCAACUUUAAUCACCACGAUAUCAAGCAUAACUGUGUUAUGUCGCGUGUAUUAUCAGAAAAUGCGUCUUCAACAAAUAAAUCUCUGGCGUAAACAACGUAAAAUGACAAUUCAAUUACUGUCAGUUUGCAUUCUGUAUUUAAUUGCAAAUAUCCCAUUAAAUGUGAUGAUUUUUGCUCAUCUCUGUGGUUUGCCUCAAGUCGUGGGAGCGAGCGAAGAGAGUUAUUUCAAUUACUUAUGUUACUUCGUGACACUAUUAUUUCCAUUCGUUUGUCUUGGCAUUCUAGCUGAACUGAAAAAGAAAAUACAAUGGAAAGGUAUUUUCCUAUUUCGACGAUCGCUACAAAUUGGUAUGAUCCAUCCUCAGUAA